GGUGUACCUGCUAGCUGGGCUGGGGGCUAUAAAGAGGUGAUCAGUGAUUUAUCAACAGGAAUGAGGAGAAAAGGCUUCAGGUGUGACACACCCAUCACCAACCUGAACUUCUGGUCAGAAAACCUCAACAGGCUGAAUUGUUGCCUGGAUAAAGACAUUUUGUUCCUCUGUCAGAUCAUCAGUGAAGGUUUAUAAACCCUCCAUUCCCUGGUUGAAGGCACACUGCUGCUAGUGAGUCCUGCUGCUGCUGCUGCUUGGAUUCUUCAUCACAACAAGAUGAAAUUCGUCCUUUUUACUUUGUUCCUUUGUGGAUUCGUCCUGGAAAUCAAUGCUGGACGUGGUUUUCAAAAACCGAAAAAACCAAGGUCAUUUGGAGGAAUAAAAACUGUUGUGGCAUGUGAGGGAUCAGAGGCUCACUUAUCGUGUGUGCAUGAGGAUAUAUUUGUGAUCAGUGCUACAUAUGGACGCAGCAAUCGGAUGACGUGCUCCGUUGGGAUACCUGCAGAGCAGACGAAGAACACUGAUUGUGCUACGAAGGCAGAAUCCGUGUUUCAGAAAUGCGAGGGGAGAUCAACGUGCAAUGUUUUUGCCAGUAGCUCUGUGUUCGGAGAUCCCUGUGUUGGGACCUACAAGUACCUGGAUGUGAUAUAUCUAUGUCUUAUCUUCAUACAGAUGAAAUUUGUUCUUUUUACUUUGUUCCUUUGUGGAUUCAUCCUGGAAAUCAAUGGAAAAAGUUCAUCAGGAGCAUGGCUCCCAGAGGAAAAAUCCCUUGUUGCCUGUGAAGGAACAGUGGCUCGACUCCACUGUGAAGAAGGUCAGGCUAUCUAUGUGACCAGUGCUACAUACGGACGCAGCAAUCGGUUGACGUGCUACGUUGGGAUACCUGCAGAGCAGACGAAGAACACUGAUUGUGCUACGAGGGCAGAAUCCGUGUUUCAGAAAUGCGAGGGGGAAACGAUGUGCACUGUUUAUGCCAGUAGCUCUGUGUUCGGAGAUCCCUGUGUUGGGACCUACAAGUACCUGGAGGUGAUAUAUCUAUGUGAAAUUCCAUUUGCAACUGAAUGAAGCGACGAUCAGAUCUGCUGUGCUGAGGAUGAAAUGCAUCAUAAUCAGUAACAUCUACAGACGUUGUGAUCCACUGAUGUGCAGCUUCAUCUGUCUUCAGUUUCUUUUUAUGUUUACUUAGCAUUUUAUUUGUUUUUCUUCUCCAAUCUUCAUCUCUUUUUGCUUCUAUUUCAACUUUCCUCAAUAAAC